CGGCCUGGAUGUAAAAAUCGUGGAAGCAGCCUGACCACCCGCCGGCCAGCCCAUCCUCCCGACCCUUCAGAGAUCUGCCUCAGCUCCUGCCCCACGCACCUCCUCACGGCCCUGCCCUCCCCCUACCCCUCCCCUCCACCUCCGGGCCUGGCCCGACCAGGCUGGGGAUGCUGCCUGUGGGAGAGCCUUCUUGCUAGGCACGGCGAUCCGGGGAUGGGCAGAGUUAGAGCGCCGAGAGGAAGGAGCCCGACCAGAAGGCUUGAGGGAGAGCAGCAUUGCUAAGCAAAGGACUGCCAAGAAGCAUCAUUGCUCUUCUGCCUCCCUAACUCCUCAGAGCGGAGGGGUGGUACCGAAGGAGGGCAGGCCAUGGCUCCCAGCUUCUGGGUCCUCUGGGCUCUGAUGGGCUGCGGACUCUUUCUCUUGGCCUGUGGACAGCAGCCACAGGGCACCGAUGCCAACCGCUGGAGGCAGAUGAUCCAAUGGGAGAACAAUGGGAGGGUGUACAGACUGCUCAACACAGGCUCAGAGUAUGUGCCUGCUGGGCAACACCACCCAGACAGCAGCGCCCGGGUCCUGCUGGAUGACAGCCCCCAGGGCCACAGCCGGAGAGGCCUGGGGGCCACCAUUAGGAGGCAGGCCCCUUCCCUGCCGGUCCGGGCUGGCUCAGACACCAUCCGGGGCCACACCCGGCAUCCUUUCGGGUUUGGCCAGGUCCCGGACAACUGGCGGGAAGGACCCAUCGGGGAUAGCAUUGGCUCCUCCCGGGCCCGCGCCUCCGUUGCCCGGCAACGGCAGGCGGGCUCCACCUCCUCGGUGUCCUCGGCCUCGGCUUCGGCCUUCGCGCAGUCCACCUACCGACAGCUGCCAUCGUACCCGCAGCAGUUCCCCUACCCUCAGCCUCCAUUCGCCAACCAAUACGAGAACUACGAGACGCCCAGGGCCUAUGAUGAGAGCUACGUGUACUACCGGAGCACGGGAGGCGGUGGUACCGGGGCGGCCGCCGUGGCCGCCGCCGGGGUCAUCUACCCCUUCCAGCCCCGGGUGAGGUACGAAGAGUAUGGCGAAGAGCAGCAAACCCCGUUCCAGUCCCAGGGUUUCUAUCCAGCUCAGGAGAGGGCCUUUGUGCAGGUGCCCCAGCUGCAACAGCUGCCCCAGCCACAGCCACAACCGCAGCCGCAGCCCUCUGAUGGCUUGGACAGGAGAUAUUCCCACAGCCUCUACCAUGAGGGUGCCACGGGCUUUGACCAAGCAUACCAGGACCCUUACAACUCUGCUCUGAAUCAGCCGGCCCCAGCCCCGGGGCUGCCCUCCACCGACAAUUUACAGGUCAAUCCCGGGCCCCCAGUUGGAGUGGGCCCCGGGUACGGAACUGACCCCCGCCUGGGCUCAUACCCACCUUACGCCAACGUACCCUCAGAGCCCUACAUGCAGCCCCGGGCUGUGGAGCCCCAGCCACCUUUCCGGGCCCUGGAUCCUUAUGGGACACCAAGGCAAGAGCCCUACCUCCCCAUCAGGAACUCUGAAAGUGUCCAGCUGAAUCCUGAAAACCAGGGCGCCCAGCAGGGCCGUGUCAGUGUGGGCAGCGUGUACAGGCCCAGUCAGAAUGGGAGAGGCCUCCCUGACUUGGUGCCAGAUCCUAACUACGUGCAGGCCUCCACCUACGUCCAGAGAGCCCACCUCUACUCCCUCCGUUGUGCAGCAGAGGAGAAGUGCCUGGCCAGCACGGCCUAUACCUCUGAGGCCACAGACUACGACAUUCGAGUGCUCCUGCGGUUUCCUCAGAGGGUGAAGAACCAGGGCACAGCUGACUUCCUACCCAAUCGCCCUCGCCACACCUGGGAAUGGCAUAGCUGCCACCAGCACUACCACAGCAUGGACGAAUUCAGCCAUUAUGACCUGCUGGACGCAGCCACAGGCCGGAAGGUGGCAGAAGGCCACAAGGCCAGUUUUUGCCUAGAGGACACCACUUGUGACUUUGGCAACUUGAAGCGCUAUGCCUGCACCGCACACACGCAGGGCCUGAGUCCGGGUUGCUAUGAUACAUAUAAUGCUGACAUUGAUUGCCAGUGGAUUGAUAUAACAGAUGUUCAGCCAGGAAACUACAUCCUCAAGGUUCAAGUGAACCCCAAGUACAUCGUGCUGGAGUCGGACUUCACCAACAACGUGGUGAGAUGCAACAUCCACUAUACAGGACGCUAUGUUGCCGCAACAAACUGCAAAAUCGCCCAAUCUUGAUGUUCUUGGGAUCGGAAGGUCCCACACAUGCCCAGGCUCCCUCUUGUGCCCCCACAGCCCCCGUUCUGUGCAGGGAGAUGUACCUGAGACCUGGGCCCUACCAGACACUGCAGGUGGCAACAGGCCCUGACACCUACAGAGGAAAGAGAACCUGGCUUCAUUUUACAAACCUGAAGGAAAUGAGUGAUUCUGGCUCAUAUUUUUAUACUUAACUUUUCUUUAAACUUGUUUCUGUCCCCAUUGCUGAUUGGAGAUUGCUGAUCUUGUAGGUAGAAUAAAACAAGAUUU